AGGGCGCAGACGCAAUACACUGUACGCAGUAAAUAUGGCGGUGGUAAAGUGCUGCUCACGGUGGUUAUAUUUUGUGCAGCCGGUUGGAAGAAGCUUGACAGGUGGUUUAUCGAUAGGACGGCAUAUGAUCGUUGGAUCUAAUGUCCUUGUUUGUCGUGGACUAACUCUCUGGACUUUUGGAUCACAUAAUGCCACUGCCACAGCUAUAAGGGGAGGGAAUGUCUUGACAUUGAAAGCAAGGUUAAAACCUGAUUCAAUUUACUGCACUGUAACAGCAUUCCAUACAAGUCCUACCAGCAAUGCGAAGGUGGAUUUUUAUCAGAUUUUAGGGGUCCCACGCAAUGCUACACAGAAGGAAAUAAAGAAGGCCUAUUACGAGCUUGCCAAAAAGUACCAUCCAGACACAAAUAAAGAUGAUCCACAAGCAAAGGAGAAGUUCUCACAGCUGGCAGAAGCCUACGAAGUCUUGAGUGAUGAAGUGAAGCGAAAGCAAUACGAUACAUAUGGGACAGCUGGUUUUGAUGCAGGAGCAGCUGGUGGUGGGCAGCAGUAUUGGCGUGGAGGACCUACAAUAGAUCCUGAAGAACUGUUCAGAAAAAUCUUUGGAGAAUUUUCUAGCUCAGCUUUUGGAGAUUUCAAUUCUGUUUUUGAACAGCAGCAGGAGUAUAUCAUGGAACUGACAUUUAAUCAGGCUGCAAAGGGUGUGAACAAAGAAAUAACCGUGAACAUUGAUGAUACUUGUCAGCGUUGUGAUGGAAAGGGAAAUGAGCCUGGAACUAAAGUUCAGCACUGUCACUAUUGCAAUGGAACUGGCAUGGAAACCAUCAAUACUGGCCCCUUUGUGAUGCGUUCAACCUGCCGGCGCUGUGGAGGACGUGGUACAAUUAUGAUAACCCCUUGUGUCAUUUGCCAUGGAAGUGGACAUACCAAACAGAAGAAGAAUGUUGUAGUUCCUGUCCCAGCAGGGAUAGAAGAUGGACAGACUGUCCGAAUGCCUGUUGGAAAAAAGGAAAUUUUCAUCACAUUUAGGGUUCAGAGAAGCCCAACUUUCCGAAGAGAUGGUCCAGAUAUUCACUCAGACUGUGGCAUUUCAGUCGCACAGGCCAUACUUGGAGGUACUGCGAGAGUUCAAGGCCUGUAUGACACCAUCAACAUCACCAUUCCUCCAGGAACACAGUCAGACCAGAGGAUUCGACUUUCUGGUAAAGGCAUUCCUAGAGUAAACAGUUAUGGGUAUGGAGAUCACUAUAUCCACGUAAAGAUCAGAAUACCAAAGAGGAUAACUGCAAGACAGAGAUCAUUAAUACAAAGUUAUGCGGAGGAUGAGGCUGAUGUUGAAGGAACAGUAAAUGGAGUUACCAACACAACUGCUGGAAACAGACGCAGUUCAAGUACUGAAGUGAAGGAAGACAGGUCUGAGGCUGAGGCUGAUGAGAACAAGGAAGGCUUCUUAUCCAAAUUAAAGAAAAUGUUUAGUUCCUGAAAGGUCGCACGAGGGAAGAAAUCUGUAGAAAACUAGUGUAAAGAAAAAUACCUAAAUGAGCAUUACACACCUGGACUGCUAAAUCUUCUGGAAUACAGAACACUGUCAGCAGCUGAUAGCGAAAAGUACUCCGGCGUGUGUUAUUACCUACAGUUCAGAGGCAGAAAACAAGAUAAUUUGAACAUCAUUCUCCCACUGUAUAGUAGAUCUUGGACUGAAAAAGCUAGGGCCCUUGAAAAUGUUAAUUAUGUUACAAAGAAAGUGAAUUGUAAAUAUAAAGCUUUAGGGAGCAGCAAAGUAAUUAUUUCAGUAUGGUUGUCCUGUUAAGUAUUAAUUUAAUUUGUCUGUAAUAUAAUAAUACAAAUAAUGAAAAGUUACUGUUGAUUUAUAUGCAUUGUUAUGCAAUCCUUAUUUUACAUUGCACACUGACGUGAGGCAGUUGUUGCCCACAUGUUGACAUUAGAUUGUCUAACUUGGCAUCUUGAAGAGAACUUCUAUAUGACAAGGAUACAACACUUCAGUUGAGUAGUCUGUCAAGAUACUGUUGGAUAUUCCAGCAAUCACUGAUAAACUUGAUGGUGUCAGAACCCUGUUGGAGCUAGAACUGUUCUGUGGUUUGUGUGCAAGCACACGUUGGGAUAUAAUAGCACUAAAACUGCCAUGUUGUUUCUUACCUUUUUAUACCAGGUGUAAGUUGCAAGUUAAAACUGUUAUUUAUGGAUGUGUUCAGUUUCUGUUUUAGGAUGCUGUGUGUUUUUAAUUUUUAUUACAAAACUGUAUUUUUCUUAACUAUUUUUGGGCUUGGCUGCCUUGAAAAAAGGUGUAGACAUGAUUAGAUUAAUUCCUUCAUGAGUAGGUGUGUGCUGGUUCACAGCUGCGGCAGCAGAGUUGCAUUGCCUUUGGAAGUGGACUUCACUGGCUGCACAGUUUACUUGCUGUUAAUACCCUCAAAAUUUUCUGCCUUAUUCUUUAUACAUAAACCGGAAGGGGAAGGGUUUCUUUAUCUCUGUGGGGUGAUUCUGACACGCAUUUACACAUUCAUUCUGUCUGUGUUAAAUUGGACUUCAUUCAAUAGUCCUACCAGUAUUGGUGGUUAUAUUGAGAAGGAAGCUUUUUUUCUUUAUUUCAGCCAGAGGAUAGCAGUGGUUGUUUGGUAGGUGGGUCAAUGUAGGAGUCUGCUGUGACUCAUAAGUGAGAGAGAGCAUUCAUAUACUUCGAUCUUGUACUGUUUUCAUUCCUUUGAGUUUUUUUUAUAAUGGAUUCACAUCAGUGCAGGGGUUUAAGUGCCUUGGCUGAAGGGGGCUUCAAGUGAGCCAGUCAAAAGAAGGUCUCAUUGGUAAUAAGAUCCUUUAAUGAAGAAAUGCCUUCAUCCAUUCAUGUUUUAUUCCCUCUAAAUAUUUACAUUAAUAUUCAUGUCCCCCUUAAUUUUUCUGUACUAAAAUUUGGGAGGGGUCAUCAGCAUGUGGUAGUAAUCAGCAUAUUUUCAGUGAAAUGUAUGCACAUGCUAGUUUUUGUAAAUUGGUAUGUUAAGUGUCUUCAUGGCAACAAAGUGAAACUUAGUUUAAAAAAGUAAGUAAAUGCAACCUAUUUAAGAUGAAUAGUACUAGUCUGUAGAAGAAUGACUACAGUUCAAGCAUGCCAGCCGUAUGUUCCCUUCAUCAGCACUACUGUGUUUCACAUCUUUGUACGAAUUGUGUUUUAUAGAUAGUAACCAUCUCUGUGUAAUCAUUCUUAUUUGUUUUUAAAAUCUUAAUUGGUCGUUAAUAACAGUGGGUUAUUGGUCACCAUCAAAACAGCCAACUGGUGUAUUGACUGAAAGGGGCAGUUGAUUGCAAAACCAGCACUCUAGCACAGAGGGAUAAAGUCCUGACUACACACCACAUGACCCUGGGGCCACCUAUUGACCUUAGUACUGGAGAAGCUGGAUGGGGUUAGGACAAAGCCUGACUCGUUGCAUUAUGGGACGCUGUGUAGAGGUGGGUGCUGCAGCAUGCAGCAGUGCAGACUGAGAUAUGCAUGCAUGCCUACCAAGCAGCCCAUUUGUGCUGUACUCUGAUGUAAUGUAUGCACAGAAGCAUGCGUCUCUUGGCCAGUACUAUAGUGGGUUAAAGAAGAAAGGGAAAAGUAAGUUAACCCUGAUAGCUAACUUGAUGAUGGCCUGUAAUGACCAGUUUUCAGGCAUGCAGAACAAACUGGGAUGAUCAAGUAAUUGAAGGCCUGAGGAUCAGCAGGCACGAGACAAAAAAAAAAAAGCAAAAACUCCCCUUUUUCCUCUAAAAUGGUAGGACCUUGAAGUUGAUUAUAUAAAAUCCUGAGUGUGGGAGGAGAUUUACCUCAACAGGGAACCAGAGUCAGUUUUUGCUACCAGCUCGCUUUUUCUGCUGACAUCACCAUUUGGCAAUUAGCCAUGUAACCUAGACUAAUCCCUGACAGCAUAUCAAGGCUAUCCUGUAACUUGCUAGAGUCGUAUAUGUUAGGAGGCUACUCUGACCUUUUGUAACAGCUUCAGAUAUAAAUGGUAAGGUCCAUUUAAAAUGGCUUUAUUUUUGUCUGAAGGGGACUUUGAAGUGAACGUGGUUCAACUGGGAUUAUAGGCAAGGCUGUAAAGUUCUCAGUCUCCUAAAACAUACAGGUACUUUGGCCUGAUGUCACAGAGGCAGGGCUUCCAUCUGCUCUACUGGCAACACUAGUUCAGGAACAGACUCAAGCUGCUAAUAGUCUAGCAGGGUUGUGGGUGAUGAGGGGGCAGUUGCUGAAAACUAGCUUCCCUGACGCAAGGUGGUGCAAGAGAAUGUUUGGAAACCCAAUGCCUUUGUGAUUGGCAGUGUAGACCAGAUGUUUUGCAGAUCAACUCAGAUUAAUGCAGAAAGUGGUAACACUGUCCUGACGUUAUUGCACCAGCUGCAGUUACCAGGCUGCAUGGCUCCUACUCUACUGGAUCCCCAUGCCUAUGACUCCCUGUGGAGUCAAAGGGCCCUUCAGGAAAAGGGUUAUAUCCAGGGCCUCCACUAGGAACAGCUGGAGGAUGCAGGGAUGAAUGACCAAGGAAGCCAGGAGGGAGCAGCCUGUGGCAGUGCUGGGUCAGGGGCAUCUUUUUAUUUAAAAAAAAAAAGCGUCUGUAAUGUUUGACUGUGGUUGCGUCAUCAGUUUUGUUUAUAUACAAAACACAUGAAGAUGAAAAGGGUUGGCUUGGCAUUGUCAUGUUGGACUAGUCUGUUCCUUUUAAUAACAUAAGAGCUGUUGGUAAUUUUAAAUGUGAAAAGUGUUAGCUUUCUGGGGCUGGAGUUCCAUGGACUUUAUCAUGUUGCCCUUGAAGGACUGUAUUAUUUCCUGACAUUGAAACCAUAAUGUCUGUUCUGUAUAUAUGGGACUUAUGUCCAUUUUUCUUUCCUGUUCCUGCAAUAGAUAUAUCUGUCUCCCACCUCCCAUUAGCAGACCAGAAGAGAUGAAGUGCAGGGUAACCUGUGACUUUCAACUUCUGUAGCCAGAUUUUCUUUCCAGACUGAUUCAGCUGCACUCUACACCUGUCUUAAACUAUUGGCUGCUGCUUUGGGCUGCCCUGCUUUUAUGGUAAAAGUUGUCACAAGUAGAUGCUGAACAUAAUGCCAAUUCUGGACUGUGGUUCUUCAAUAAUAUAAUGCAUUUUGGCCAUUUUUAAGAACAUUAUAUGUCUGUCCUGUCUGAACAGUGUGCUGGCUUUGCUGGCCUGAAGAGAAUGCCUAAUGGCUGCCCUGUCUGCUACCCACUGGCUCAUUUAUUCUUGCACAAGGGUAGGAGCUAGUAAUCUCCAUAUGGGGCAAAAGCACUGCAGCCCAUUUAUUCUGUAUCUCUUAUUAGCUUAUUUCCUUUUCAGGGAAGCAGGAGUUGUGGUGGUAGGAAGUGGGAUAUUCUGACAGUCCUGUGGGAUUCCCUAACCCCAUCGACAACUUGCAGACUCAACAAUUACUGGUGCUAAGAGAAGGGUAUGCGGUAUGGUGUCACAUUCCUCUCUGUUUGAACUGCACAGCACUUAUGCAGCAUGGGCAAGCAGAUUUCUUCUGCAGUAGUCGCCCACCUGUUGGUAGGUUUCACCAGUGGAGUGAGCGAAACUACCAAGGAAAGCCUGUUUUUGCCUUUCUCCUUGCCCAGCCCAUCUUGCAACAUGCCACUAAUUAUGUAUGGUUCAACUAGGAUCCUAAUCAAAGCUUCAUCCCUGUUGCAUUUUCCUUAAGUUCUGUGAGACAAAAGACCCACAGCCAAUACUGGAUUUUUAGCAACCUUGAUUUCAGGAUGUGUAACUCUGGCAGCAGUGCAAGAUUGGAUUAUCCUAUUCUAUUCAAAAAAGAUUGGUUAUAUUCUCAAGAUGCUUAAAUAACUAUCAAAGUUUUCGGUCAACUUGUCUGUAGCUACAGUGGUUUAAUUUGUUGUUUUGCAUGGCUGCCUGUUGAAUUGAGUUUUGAUUUUGAAAUUUUGAAAUUUUUGACUCUCUAAAAAGUAAACUGCAGCUUAAGCAAAAAACAAAUUACACUUUUUUCCCCAUAGCCCCGUUCCCCCACCCUUCUUUUUAGGUACUGGAACUAACUUGCAGUUCCUGCCACAUUCUAGCAAUUGCUGUUACUCUGUGAGCAGUCUGCCGUACUGUACCCACUGCUGUUACUCCUAGCAUGCAAGAACCAGACUGCAUUGAUUUAUGGAUAUAUCGUAUUCUAAUGCUUGUAGUUUGUCAUUAAGUUCUGUUUGUAUCCUUGUCUUCAGUUAGGCUGAACCAAUGGCUUGAGACAACUAUCCUGUCUUCUUGCCCAAAAUUAGUUCCUGCUUGUGUACCUUUAUGUUUCUAUUUGACCUAAUGAUAUUAGACAUUGUUUCUUUGAUCUGUGUGUGUAUUUCUCCUUAACUGAAUGCUCUGGGUGUAGUGGGAGAGAGUGAAUUACUAGUCUAGGUUCUCUACCCAAUAAAAUAAUUCUUUAAUGGCAUUACCCCCAAAACUAUUUCAGAACAGUACCUUUUUACUUCUGCACUGAUGUCUUUUCCUCACUUGCACUAAGCAUUGCAUGUGUGUGCUGUUCAGAGAGAGUGUAUGUUGGCCAAUGAAGAGGAGUCUUUACAUAAAUAUAAAUAAUUUUAGUUAUAAAAAUGUUUUAUGGUCUUUUGGCAUCCAGAUUCAGUGAUGGCAGAUGACCUGUGAAUGAGUCCAUAAACCAGAAGUAAGUUGAGGCCUUGUCUGGCUUGGCAUUAUCAGAAGUUCAACAUUCCAGGCGUUUGGGAAGAUCCUGGCAGAUGUGUAAUCCAGCUAUAAUCAAGAGACUGAAAAAAGAACUGAGUUUGGUAAUGGGUGGCUUGUUCUGCGGGUUAAGAUAACCACAUAUAGUAUAGUAUAGUGUGAAACUGUCACAGAACUGCUUAUUCUGGAUGUGGUGGUGUGCUGCUACAUUAUCAUCAGCAACAACAGCAGUUUUGGCUCUGACAAGGUUUGUUCCCUCUCUUUUUGUCAAACAGUUGGUAAUUAGUGGAAAGCAGUGACGUCAGAAAUUAGGACAAAAACAUAAUUUAAAUGCUUGUGCUUUGAAUAAGUAAUGUUCAGACCGAGAUGUCUUUGAGAUAGUUGUUACAAUCACGUCACUUUGAACAUCUGUGUAACUGUUACCCUGAAAGUUUAACCUGAAUUGAAUAUAUAAAAUUCUGUAAUUAGACAUGUAAAUAAAUAAAUAUUGGUAUUGAAAUAUUUGAUGCAACUGUGCCACAAUGACAAAUAUUUUUUCCUGCUUUUCUAAGAGGCCACUUCCUGAAUCAUACAUACUUUGGGGAAAAAUGAAAAUAUUACUAUCUAGUAAAAAAAUGUAUUUGCAGUUUUAAGUCCAGACACAGAGUCUUUGCAUCUGUGCCAUUUUGCUGUUCUGAACACCUUCAUUUGCUUGAAGGGUGUGUAACACGUUUGUAAGCGUUGUCACCAAAGCUUCAGUGUUUAGCACUACAUAUGUACAUUUAUGGACUCUUAUUUUUCAGUUAUUAUUAUGGCUAGGUUCAUGAAGAUAGACUUUUGUUGAUAUUUGUGAUCUUCUAGUGAAUUCACCCAGUCUUACUUUGGUAUGUUGUUUGCAGUACAUCUUGGGACUUCCUCAGCCCAGGAGUCGCACGGUAGUGUCCUGUUUCUCAGCAGUCCAACUUUUCACCAAUUAUUGUCAUGGGAGUAUUCGCAUCCGUGAAUAAAAUGAGCAUCACCUACAAGUGUACCCCAUUCCUUUCUUGAUGUGGAAUAGAAUUUAAUGUGUGAUGGUGAAGUUUGGUUUUGCUGGAAUCUUUUUGAACAGUUUUUCAUAAUAGAAUCUAUGAACUCUUCCUAACAAAGCAUAAUAAAGUUGUUACUGUAAUGUAAAUUCCCCUCUUCACCUUGUGCUACAUGUUGCUGCCAUAUUCAACAACCUCCAGUGAGGCUAACUAGCCAAGUUCAACACAGCAAAGUUUACAAUUUUGUUAUUGAUUGCAGUAUAAGAAUCCAAUACUACCUACUACUUAAGCAAGCACUCUUUGUCAGAACUGAAAUAGGAUACUGUAUGCUUUGGAUAACAUUGCUAGAGUCACUGUAUGUGUAUUUAACCAUAUCUGAAAUAUAAGUUGCACUACCA